UUGCUUUGUAUUGUGUCUGUGCACAUGCGUUCCUGUCUCAAGUUUUGUUCACCACGUAUUCACAUGAAUCUAACCAAGACAAACUUGGUGAUAUUGGGUGCAAUUGAAUGUGUUCGCACUGGUGUAAGGGUCUUAUAUUCUACAAGUGAUUCUACCUUUUCAUUAUGACACAAGCUUUGAAGAAGAAAGUACAACAUGAUGACAGACAAUGGUUGUUGACAAGCCUUGGCUUAUAUGGCGCACUACUUUUAUUGCACUCAAUACAAAUGAACACUGUGCGUUUUCCACUAGAGGCCAGGACAGGAACAAAUCCCUCAUUAUACGAUCAUUUGGCAGAACUGAUCUGACACGAACCUGUAGGUGCUACAGUAUUUACUUGUUACCCUAUGUCCAUGACAUUCGUCAUCAUUUUCUUUUUUACACUCUUUAUUCUCCUCAAAUAAACAUAUGAAGUCACAGCUAAAGUUGCUCCUGAGUUGUAAUAGCGGUUUGGACUUUUCAUUUCUCCGGGCCAAAAGGUCUGUUACUCUUGACAACAUCCAUUCAGGAAACUUGGCACUGAGAACCUGCACAGCAACAACAUGGAGCCAAGAGAGGAAGAGCAAGAAAUGGAGAAGGAGGACAUUUACAUUCCCAGGUCACCUCCCAGUAAUGCUCAUGGCACAGAAGCAGUCUUGGGGAACCCCACAUUAGCUGCCGAUGACAGGCCAGCCCCGCCCAGCAGCCUGGCUCUGACAGGGCCCCGACCCAGGAAGAAGCGUCUGGUGGCUCCCGCCCUAAGUCUGACACUGGAUCGCAGUGACUCGGCGGUGUCCGACGACUAUGCCACAGCUGCCCUCUCUCCCUCCCCUGAUGACGACGAUCUGGGGCUGGACAUCGACUUGGAUGCCAUGGAAACGCCCUCGGACAGCGAGUCCCUCCAUUUUCCAGUGCACGACAUGGAUUUGGAGGAUGACCUGCUUCGUCUGGGAGUGGCAUCCCGUUUCCAUAAGGCCCGUGGGUCAGUACCAGAGCAGAUGGGAGUGGGCUCUCUUGACCAAGACCAAGUGGACAGCCAGGGCACUAGGUGGCGCCGGUUCCGCACAGGAGAUCCACUUCAGGAGAGUCUGGUCAACAUGAGUGUACUGGAACCUUUCCUUCGAGUCUUGUCACAUGGGGGUUACUAUGGAGAAGGGUCUAAUGACAUCAUUGUGUUCUCUUCCUGCUAUCUCCCUGAAAACAACAUGGAGAACUACCAGCAUGUCAUGGACAACCUGUUCAGGUACGUUGUGGGAACGUUGGACCUGAUGGUUGCGGAGAACUACGUCAUUGUGUACCUGUGUGCCAUGGCCCAGCGUGACAAGCUCCCCACCAUUGGCUGGCUCAGAGAGUGUUACACCACCGUUGACAGAAGGUUGAGGAAGAAUCUGAAAGGUCUGUACAUUGUACACCCAACCUGGUACAUCAAGGCCCUGAUCACCAUCAUCAAGCCCUUCAUCAGCUCCAAAUUCAGUCGCAAGCUUCAGUUUAUCGACAGCCUUCGGGAGCUGUCCCAGCACAUCCCUAUUGAGCGUGUGCAGAUCCCCGACUGCGUCAGACAGUUUGACGAGAAUAUGGACAGGUGAUAUGCUGAAAAGGUUGAUCUGGACCACAGUGCAAAGGGACACGAGAAGACAAAACAGUGGACUAAAAAAAGGCUCAAAUCUGUCAACCAAUUACUUGACACGGAGGAUGAACCUGGCUGCCCAAUCUCACGUCAGUUGUCCUAUGAGACAACUUUAACCAAAGCAUCUACUGAAGGACCACAAGAAGAAACACUGAGCUCCAAAGGUAUCGAGACUGUAACCACAUUUCCAUCCACAGUUUUUAUGCAGUAAAAUCAUACCAUAUAAAAAAAAACAUUAAAAAACAACAGCUGAUGGAAACAGGAAGUUUCGCUACAAUGUUAUAAAUGCUGACAGAUCAUUUGUUCGUUCGACAUGUCGGGAUAUUUUUGUGUCAGUAAAAUGAACAAUGUGAGAAAUGGCAGUGGAAACGCCUUCAUGCACAAAUAUUGAUAUAAUAACCAACAUAUCGAAGGUAACUUGGAGUCACGCGAUGUAAUGGGGCGUGGUUCUCCCGCUACAACUCAGGAAACCAUGCAGAUUAUUAGGCUACAGAUGAAGUGAUGGAUUUUACAGGGUGGUGAAAGUGCAAUGUGAUCUUUAUGCCCCUUUCCAAUAAAUAUUGAGGGUCUUAUUCUGGUGACAUGAUGAUCAGUGCUUGACUGCCAUUUUUGACCAAUAAAAAUAUUCUCACCUCUUAUCCAUAAUAAUCUCAUCAUGUAGAUUUAAAGCCAAUUUAUGCUGGCUCUGCAUAUGUGAUUCUUACAGACGUGAAGCAAUUGCAGAGCCCCUGAAGACUUGUGGAGGCCAAACCGAUCUCCGUACCGCAUCGCCGUGAGCCUCCCAAAAUUUGUGACAGUGCAGAGGGCUCCGUAUAGCUCCGUAUUGACAUGAUUGGUUGACAGUAGAUGGGGGCGGGAUGGGGUCCUGUAUUAACACAAACUCACGUCCUUGACAACUCCCUUCACAACAUUUCCGCAAAGCGCAAGAAGUAUGAAUGUCCUGACUUCCGCAGAGACCAUAUAGCAGUAAAUGCUGUACGGCCACUGCAGAUGACAGAUUGACCAUGCAGAGCCUUUAGACCCAGCACAACCUACCCACACUGUAUCUGCAAGCUGUUGGCUAGAGAGCACGUACCAAGACCAGAGUGGGCACAUUUGCCAUUAAAUGCAACAGUUUCUGUGACAAAACUAUCAGCAGAGUUGAAAAUGCAAUGGAAACAUAUUUCAUUUUUUAUUUUUAUGCGUACAUGAAAACUUAAGCAAAAAUGUACAUUUUGUGUGCACUACGUUAUCGCGCACUGUCAAUUUUGUGGAAACACACCACUGGUGGGAAAUUGCACACAUUUUCUAUAUGCCGAUUCUAGAGUAUUAGCAUGACAAUCUGUAGCCAGUUGGAUGGGAACCUAGCGAGUGACACGUUUUGUUGUUUUGGCUCUCCACUCCAGCAUUUGGAUUUGAUAUGGAUACAAUGACUAUUAAAGUGCAGACUGUCAGCUUUAAUUUGAGGGCAUUUUCAUCCAUAUCAGGUGAACCGUUUAAAAACUACAGCACUUUCUGUACAUAGUCCCCCCAUAUUAGGGACCAAAGUAUUGGGACAAAUUCGCUUACACUACCAUUCAAAAGUUUGGGGACACUUAGAAAUGACCUUGUUUUUGAAAGAAAGGCUUUUUUUUUUUGUCCUUUAAAAUAACAUCUUUAUUGAUCAAAAAUACAGUGUAGACAUUGUUAAUGUUGUAAAUGACUAUUGUAGCUGGAAACAGCAGAUUUCUUUAUGGAAUAUCUACAUCGGCGUUCUGAGGCCCAUUGUCAGCAACCAUCACUCCUGUAUUCCAAUGGCAUGUUGUGUUAGCUAUAAUCCAAGUUUGUCAUUUUAAAUGGCUAAUUGAUCGUUAGAAAACCUGUUUGCAAUUAUGUUAGCACAGCUGAAAACUGUUGUUCUGAUUAAAGAAGCAAUACAACUGUC